AGAUCAGGUCUCCUUUCACCCGUGGAAUAUCCAGGCUCUCCGGCAGCAUCUGCAGAGAGAGGAAGCGAGAGUUAACCUUCCAGCUCGGUGAUCCUUCACAGACUGACCGGGCUGAGGUGCAUCCUGCCCCUUACAGUUAGCCCGCUUCCCCUGCUCACUGUUCCCCGGUCCGCGAUGCCUGUCCGCCGCUGCCGGCGCCAGCUGGGCUCCCGGAGCCCAUUCUUCCACCUCCUGUUACUUCUGCUGCUCCCGGGAUGUGUCGCCUUUAACCUGGAUGUGUCGCGACCAGCGGUUUACAGCGGACCCCAGGGCAGCUACUUCGGAUACUCGGUGGAUUUCUACUCGCCUGAUCAAAACACAGUCAAUAUCCUUGUGGGAGCUCCGAAAGCCAACACCAGCCAGCCGGGGAUAGUGGAGGGAGGAGCGGUGUAUUUCUGCAGUUGGGCAGCAGGAGGUGCCACUUGCAGCCAGAUCCCCUUCGACAGAAGCAGCAACAGAAUGAUCAGAGUUAAUGGCACAAGGGAACCUGUCGAAUUUAAAUCCAAUCAAUGGUUUGGGGCAACAGUCAAAUCACAUAAAGAAAAGGUUGUGGCUUGUGCCCCUCUGUACAAUUGGCGAGCCCUUAAACUGACUCAAGACAAAGAUCCAGUUGGCACAUGUUAUGUGGCGGUUCAGAACUUCAGUAUCUACGCAGAAUAUUCUCCAUGUCGCUCUGAUCAGUCGGACCCUGAAGGUCAAGGUUUUUGUCAAGCAGGAUUUAGCCUUGAUUUUACCCAGAAUGGGAACCUGGUGCUUGGAGGACCUGGCAGCUUUUACUGGCAAGGCCAGGUGAUUACUGCUGGUAUCUUUGAAAUUUUAAAUGGAAAUGACUUCAGAGAUUUGCAACGGAGAGUGAAUGGAGAACAGCAGACUGGAGUGGCUCCUGCUGAUUACGAUGACAACUACCUAGGAUAUUCAGUUGCCGUGGGGGAAUUCACAGGAGACUCUCAACAAGAACUUAUUGCUGGAAUUCCAAGGGGUGCUCAGGCAUUUGGAUAUGUCGCCGUCAUAAAUGCAACAGAUAUGACAUUCAUCUUGAAUUUUACUGGUGAACAGAUGGCUUCCUAUUUUGGAUACACUGUGGCUGUCUCGGAUAUAAACAAUGACGGAUUGGAUGAUGUGUUAGUCGGUGCUCCACUUUUCAUGGACCGUGAGUCUGACGGAAAGUUGAAGGAAGUUGGGCUGGUUUAUCUGUACCUGCAGGAGGAAGAGUUCCUUUUCAAGGACCCUCAGAGACUACUAGGAACUGAAGUAUUUGGAAGAUUUGGCAGUGCAGUAGCACCUUUGGCAGAUUUGAAUCAAGAUGGAUAUCAUGAUAUCGCAAUCGGUAUACCUUUUGGGGGUGAAGACAAGACAGGCAAAGUUCUGAUUUACAAUGGCCACAGCACUGGGUUAAAUUCCAAGCCGUCACAGGUCCUGGAUGGCUUGUGGCCCUCUAAUUCCAUGCCUUCUGGAUUUGGCUUUACUUUACAAGGAGGCUCAGACAUAGACAAGAAUGAAUACCCAGACCUGAUAGUUGGUGCCUUUGGAGCUAGUAAAGUUGCAGUUUACAGAGCCAGGCCUGUUGUGACAGUGGAUGCCCAAUUACUCCUGAACCCUUCAAUCAUAAACCCAGAGAAUAAAAGCUGUCAGCUGCUGGGAUCAGAGACCUUGGUAUCAUGUUUCACUGUGAGAUUUUCUGCAAACGUGUCAGGCCAUGGUAUUCCAGAAACUGUAGUUCUGAAUGCUAACCUUCAGCUAGACAGACUAAAGCAGAAAGGAGGAAUUGAGCGAACGCUAUUCCUUAAUUAUCAUCGGCCACAGCACACAUUCCAAUUAGUCAUUGGAAAAUUGGAACGUUCCAAGUACCAGGAAUUCAUUGUUUACCUUACAGAUGAAAAGGAGUUUCGAGAUAAAUUAACACCAAUUAGUGUUAGUUUAAAUUAUAGUCUGGAUGAAUCACGUCCUUCAGAGGAUCUUAAACCAAUAAUCAACUACUACAGUGAAACAUUUCUUCAGAAACAGGCACACAUUCUCCUGGACUGCGGAAAGGACAAUGUUUGCAUCCCGGCACUUAAACUCACAGCUACCCCUGAUAGACAACAGCUAAUAUUUGGAGAUGAGAACCCUCUCACUUUAAUCAUAAAUGGGAGGAAUGAAGGGGAAGGAGCAUAUGAAGCAGAACUCAGUGUCAUAAUACCACCCGAAGCAGAUUACAUUGGUGUGAUACGGAACAAUGAGGCACUGAGCAAGCUAAGCUGUGCCUAUAAAGUUGACAAUUCAACUCAAAUGGUUGUCUGUGACCUCGGGAACCCUAUGACAGCUGGAACCAAUCUGUCUGUGGGGCUACGCUUUUCUGUUCAGCGCUUGGAAAUGGCAAAUGCCAGUAUCAGCUUUUACCUGCAGAUCAAAAGUUCAAAUAAGGAUAAUUCAAACAGCAACCUCCACCAAGUGCAGAUCAAUGUCAGUGCAGUCGCUCGGGUUGAUGCUCGGGGGGUGUCACGUCCCGAGCAAAUCUUUCUGCCCAUCACUGACUGGAAGAUUAAAGAAAGACCUAAGAAAGAGGAGCACAUUGGACCAGUAGUUCAGCAUGUUUAUGAACUACACAACGGUGGACCGAGUACAAUCAGUGCUGCAGUCAUGGAAGUGCAUUGGCCUAGUCAUUACCGAGAUGAAUAUCUGCUGUACAUCUUGCAGUUAAAGACAAAUGGGCCUCUACGCUGCCACACAAAUGCUACAAUUAAUCCGCUACAGCUCGAGACUGUUGACCCGUCAGCUGUUGGAGAGCAUUUCAGCUUGCGGGACCCUUCCACAACCACACAUCACAUCAUGAGACGAGAAGUGAGGUUACCACAGCCUCUAAAAUAUGAUCAUACAAAAAUGCUGAAUUGCAGCAACAUUAAUUGUACCAAAAUAGUUUGCCAUGUUGGUCAACUGGGAAGAGGGCAGAGUGUAGUGCUGAAAGUUCGGUCUCGACUCUGGGUUCAAACCUUCCUAAAGAGAAGAAACAACCAUUACUCUCUGCAGUCUCUGGUGUCAUUUGUAGUGAAGGAAAUGGCAUACAAAAUCCAGCCAGAGGAAUUACCCAGUGCGAGUACUGUGAUAAGGACCUCAGUGAUUUGGGCCACACCUGAUGCUUCGCUUGCAAUUCCCCUGUGGGUCAUAAUUCUGGCUGUACUGGUUGGUUUGCUGGUUCUGGCUAUUUUGAUCUUAGUCAUGUGGAAGUUUGGCUUCUUUGAUCGAGCUCGCCCACCUCAAGACAUGAGAGAUCAAGAACAGCUUCACCCAGAAAAGAAUACAGAUGCCUGAGGACUGACUACAGCUGCCUUAAUCCACUAAACUGCUACUUUAAAGAUGUGUCCACACCACUGAGACUUAUUUCCUUAUAUUUGCUUUUGGUGAAAGUGAAGAAGAAAAAAAAUAACAGCAAAUGAACUUUGAGCAAAACAAUUUAACAGGGAAGUGCCAUUGUUGACUAUGCAAUCAACUACAAGUUACUUUGCAAUUAGCGUUCUGCCAGGUUAACAGUAAAAUGCCUCUUACACUAUUAGAGGUGCUGAGUAGGACUGUUAUUUUUAAGUUACACUGUUUAUCAUGAAGUACAUUUCUUAAGUGCAAGUGCUGUGCACUUUGUAAAUCAGAUAAAAUUGUGUCUGACUCUAAUUAGAAAAAGUCUUCACAUGUCAUCUGAAACCUUUCGUAUUGCAUUAAUCUCACAGGUGCAGUGUUUUCAAUGCAUUACUAUUUUUCAUAAAUUGUAUAUAGCCUUCCUUUUUGGGCAACUUAUUUGAAAUGCACGGGUGAUAAGGACCUCAACCUGUUGUAAAGCAUUCGUAGUGUUGAUUUUCUUGUUUGUAUUAAGCUAUUAGUUAAGAUACAGGUACAGUGUCUCAAAUCCGGCUAUCCGAAAACCAGCUGGACAUUUUUUUAGGUUGCCAUGUAUGAGUUUUAAUUAUUAUUAGAUGAUUAAAAUAAGUUACCAGCUUGUUCGGCUAGGUGCUGCAUUGGUACGGUGGUGCACCGACUAGUUAUCAGCUUCACACGCCUGUCUUUUUCCAUGCUCUGAGUGGUCUGAGUGACCCUUGACCCAACCCAACCCGCCCUGAAUUUCCUAACCCAACCCAAACACCAGCAAGAUCAAAAAUCUAGCACAGACUCGGUCCCAAGGAUGCCAGUUUGGAGACAUUAUACCUGCAGUGCUGAAGAAUAAGGGGCCUUACUGAAAGAUGAAAGGUCUAUCUGUGAACAAAUUAUUUCAUUUUAAUGGGAAGUAAACCUGAACAAACACGACAAACUAGGAAGGAGGUAAUUGCAACAUAAAUCAUUAAAUGUGGUCCUUCAUGAUGUGGCUUUACAAAGAAACCUGCACUCAAUAUCCAGACAUUUUCAUGUGAAGCAAUUUGAAGCAUGAUGUCACCCUACACUGGUAGUGGGAGUAACAGAUUUUUAAACGUGCAAUAUUUUCUAUAUGUAUUUAUAUGUUUCUGAAGCAUGUUUACACUGGGAUUUAGCCAUUUGUGGAAUUUACAUUAAGGUUUUUCGAACAGUUUUGUCUAUGUUUUAUGGUGAUAAUGAUCUUACAACUGAACAGAGUACUGAUUGGGAGUUGCAUAACCUCUAUGCAGUAAUCAACAAUCAAUUUUCAUUUGUACCAUAGUUUUCCAUUUUACAUAAGUUUCAGAUAUUUACAAAGUUAUUCAGCUUCUGUGUAAAAGCUAGAUUUGUUGUUAUGUACCAUUUGGAAUAUUUCUGAUUUAAGUGAAAAAUAUCCACUCUUACAUUGGAUACCGUUGUAUGAUAAAUAUAUAUUGCAAAUGUAUAAUUGUGUUGGUAUGGCUGAUUGUAAGAAGGUUUCGUUAGACUCGACAAUGCAGGAUCACUUGUUACUGAUAAGGUUGUAAAUUUUUUGACAUUUGGAGCAAGGUAUCCAAUUCUCCCAAUGUUCCAUUUUAAAAUUUACUUAUAUGUAUAUCUGAUAAACCCACGUCAUAUACUUUUUGUUAUCCAAACCCAAUAAAACUGAACAGUUAA